UGGCACGCGAAACGAAUCGCGACUGUGUGCAGUGAGCGCCAUGGAGAAGGAAUUGGUGAAAAUCGCAGAGAAGUAUCCCGACUCCUCAGUCGCGACGGAGGUGGUGGACGUGUCGAAGGACCGACGGAUCAUUAGGGAGCGAAUCCGAGAGAGCAACCUGUGCAUCUGUCUCCUGCCGGACGAGUUCACGGCGGACAUGGCCCGGAUCUGCAUCGAGGAGUCCACGCACUUCAUAUCCGCGAUGUACGUCGACCCGAACGUGGAAGCCUUCGACGACGUGGCGAGGGAGAAGAAGCUGGUGAUCCUGAACGAGGUGGGGUUGGACCCGGGGCUGGAUCACAUGCUGGCGAUGAAGACGAUCGAGAGGGCCAGGGAGGAGGGCUGCGAGGUGGACGAGUUCAUCUCCUACUGCGGGGGGAUCCCGGCCGCGUCGUCCGUGGAUCCGGGGGAUCUGCUCAAGUACAAGUUUUCCUGGAGUCCGAGGACGGCCGUCUACUUCCUCAGGAGGCUGGCCACGUAUCUGCAGGAUGGGGAGGUGAGGAUCGGGAGGCAACUAUGGGGGUGUUUUGUCGACUUCGUUUCCGAUGCGAGCUUUGGUGGUGCGACGAGGGAAAUUUCGUCAAAAGUUUCAGAAGAGCUCCGGGAUCUCGUUAUCGUGGAAAUCGAUAUCGGUGAUCGAAGUGCCGGAAGACGCACUGAUGGACCACGCCGAGCCGUUCUGGACGACCUCGACCUCGAAGUGUUCCCGAACGGGGACAGCCUGUCCUGCGAGAAGGAGUACGGCCUCCAUCCGGGAUCCCGCACUCUCCGCAGAGGAACGCUGAGAUACCGCGGCUUCUCACACGGCAUCAAGGCCCUCCAAAACAUCGGGCUCUUCGACCUCUCGGGGCCGAAAGAGAUCCCGUCCGUCCAAAUCGCAUGGCGUGAAUACCUGUGCCUCCUCCACGGCCUUCCGGUGCAGACGCCACAGGAUGCCCUGGAGGGUCACCUCUCGAUGAUUCUCUCGGGGGACGCUCAUCAACUGGCGGUGUUGCGUUCUCUGGGCCUCACGACCGACACUCCCGUCGUCCCGGGUCCGUCACCGUUGGACACGCUCGCCGGGCAUCUGGAGAAGUGCUUGACUUACCGCGAGGGAGAACGGGACAUGGUCGUCCUAUACAUCGAAGCCAGAGGCAGAGGGAGAAGAUUCCAGUCCCAUCUGGUGACAGAAGGCGAUUCCAAGUGGUCGGCCAUGGCCAAGACGGUCGGCAUUCCCAUCGCCACUGCGGCCGAACUCAUCCUGGAAGGGAAGGUCCAGGAGACAGGAGUCAUCAGACCGAUCACAGAUGACUUCAUUCGGCCCACUUUGCAAGCCUUGGAACGCGAGGGAAUCGCCAUCAUGUCCAGUGAGCUGUGAUGGAUCGUCGGCAUUCAUCUGGCCGAAACGGUCGGGCUUCGGUUUGCUCGAGUAGACGUAUUCGCUGCAAUUUACAUAGCUUCUCUCGUCCCGUUGGUUGUAUUAUUUUCUCAACUAAUUUCGCAUGAAGUAGGGUCGGUCAGUGGUACAUAAUUCACAAUUGCAAUAAAAGAACGAGU